AACCUUAAUAUCACUUUAUUCACAUAGUACCAGGUACUUCCCCAGUUCCAUUACACAAUCAUUCAGACAAGAACUAAGCCAAACCCUCGAAACUCAACAACAAAUGGAAGGAGUGAGUUCACGACUCGGCCGCGCUUCAUCCCGCUACGGCGGCUCCGCUCCUGUCUUCACCGGCCCUGUCAGAAAGUGGAAGAAGCAGUGGGUCCAUGUCUCCUCCCCUGUUUCUCACUCCAGGUCCCACCAUCACCACCACAACAACAACGCUCCUUCUUUGCUCCUCUGCAGGUGGACCCCAGUUUCUGCAACUACUGAUAAGCCUGUCAAGCCUGAGCAGGAGCUUCCUCGCCGAAAAUUUCGCUACGCUCCGAUUGUCGGCGUAGAUGAUUUGAAGAAGGAGGUUGACAAAAGAGGAAAAGAUGAAUCUGUAACAAGCAAGAACUCCCAAUCUUCACCAAGAGAAACUGCCAGGAAAGGUGGUAUCUUUAGAAAGCAGGAUAUUGACAGUCUCUUCAUGGAAGUGAGCCAGGCAUCAAGGAAUGACCAAGACGACAAUUCAGAUGGUGAAGACCAGUAGAUGGAGAGGUGGAAUAGUUCGUCCAGAAGUGUUUUGGGUGCUGUAGACUGUAGUGAUAUCAGUGGGCUAAUUUAGGUAGAAGAAUGUGAAGCAGGCAAAUUUCUCCUUUAAUAUUUCCUAGAACCCAAUGUUUAUAUCUGAAUUUAGAAGCUAAUGCUGAAUAGAUCUGCCAUUCUGUAAUUACUAAUUUCGUAGUGUUUGUUGGUUGUUGGUUAAUUUGCCUAUUUUAAUGCUUCUUAGCUCA